GAUUGUCAUUUUUAAGAUUCGAGAAAAUGAUUAAACUGAUCCCUCAAGUUUUAAUUCAACCAACAGAAAACAAAUAAUAAAUGUAAGAGAAGCGUUGAGAAACAAAGGUAAGGUCCAUCAAUGAAGAAUAGAGAAGACCUGACGUCAAUCCUUCCUUUGUUGCCACUGUAUCUCCGAUCAUCUUCCCUUUUCUGGCCACCGCCAGUUGUUGAAGCACUGAAAUUCCUCUCUCAAGGCCCUCAUUACAGCAAUGUUAACUCCGGUCAUGUCCUCUUCCUCGCAAUCUCCGACAUUCGGAACUCCCUCUCGUUACCUGAUUCUUCAAUUUCCUCUUCUGCUUCAGACGGAUUUUCCCUCUUAUUCGAUGAUUUAAUUCCUAGGGAUGAAGCUAUUAAGUGGUUCGAAGAAGUGGUGCCGAAAAUGGCAGAUUUGCUAUUGCGGUUGCCUUCUUUAUUAGAGACUCACUAUGAGAAAGCUGAUGGUGGAAUUGUUAAAGGAGUCAACACUGGUCUUCGCUUAUUGGAAUCACAACAGCCUGGCAUUGUUUUCCUCAGUCAGGAAUUAGUCGGUGCUCUUCUUGCAUGUUCCUUCUUUUGUCUAUUCCCUACCAAUGAUAGAGGUGCCAAACAUCUCUCGAUGAUCAACUUUGAUCAUUUGCUUGCGUAUCUGUAUGAUCAGUAUGACGAGAAACUUGAAAAUAAACUGAAGUGUAUUCUUCACUAUUUUGAGAGGAUUGGCUCAUUGAUACCUGCGGGCUACAUCUCCUUUGAGCGAAAAGUUCUUGCUCUAGAACAUGGUACAUUUUCUUUUCCUUAUCCAAAGGAAAAUUUCUGGAGCCAAUCCAGUAUUUCUCUUUGCCCUUUUAAGAUUUCCAAUUCAGGCUUAAUUGAAGAUCAAUCAAGAGAAGCUAUUGAAGUGGAUUUUGCGAACAAGUAUCUUGGAGGUGGUGCUCUCAAUAGGGGCUGUAUACAGGAAGAGAUUCGCUUUAUGAUCAAUCCAGAGUUAAUUGCUGGCAUCCUUUUCUUGCCUUGUAUGGCCGACAAUGAAGCAAUUGAAAUUGUUGGCACAGAGAGGUUCUCAAAUUACACCGGAUAUGCUUCUUCAUUCCGUUUUAAUGGUGACCACGUGGACAAAAAAGAAAUUGAUGUUCUUGGAAGGCGUAAGAGCAGAAUAAUCGCAAUAGAUGCACUAAACAGCCCUGGAAAAAGGCAGUACCGGGUUGAAUGCCUCCUAAGGGAAAUUAACAAGGCUCUUUGUGGUUUUUUGGAUCAUUUAAAGUGUCAUCAGUAUCAAAAGUUUUUUCAAGACAUGGGAAGUCAGCAUGAUCCCAAUGUUAAUGGAUCAUUUGGACAUUCUGAAGUUUAUCAUUUGUCUCAAGAAAAUCCUUCAACAUCAUCUCAAACAAUUGAGGAAACUUUGGCUAACCAGUUGCUCAGAAAUCAUGAGGCACACUAUUGUUCACAUUUAGACUAUCAACAAGAAAUUGGAGUUGUGACUGGAAAUUGGGGUUGUGGUGCUUUCGGUGGGGAUCCUCAAGUUAAAGCUAUGCUUCAAUGGCUUGCUGCGUCUCAGGCAUUGAGACCUUUCAUCCUGUAUUAUACGUUUGACUUGGAAGCAUUGCAGAUUCUGGGUCAGGUGUCUCAAUGGAUAUCUUCACAGGAGUGGACUGUUGGGGAGCUUUGGAAUAUGUUGAUUGAAUAUUCCGUCCAGAGAUUGAGGGGAGAAACUGGAGCUGGCUUCUUCAGUUGGCUCCUUCCAUCGUCAAAUACCCAUGAUACUAUUUUGCUCAACAAUUCUCAUAAUGUUUAAAUAUUCCUGGUCUUUUUAUUAUUGAGCUUCUGCAUGAUCCUUGGAUAAGCUAUUGAAAGCCUAUUUACUUGUACUACCACAAAAAGAAAAAUGAGAAUAAUUGAGUUGAUGA